GAAACAUAUGGUUAGAGUUGUAUUAUUGUGCUGUUGACUCGGUUCUCCCUGUACAGUCUACAAGUUAAUAAACGUGCAGCAGCAGUACUGAGGAGCAAUUUGUACAGUUUAGAAUAUACUUUGCUUUUAAAAAACUAUUUGCCACAGAUGUUGGAAGCUGGCAGGAGGACAGAAAGGACAUUGUGUGAAAAAUUGAAUGCAGCAGCAAACUUUCUCAGUCUUGAGGAAAUUUGUUCCAUCUGCAUCAUGGGAAGGCCUUUGUUUUUGUAUGUAUUUUUAUUCUACUGGCAUUUCCUACAUGCUUUAUUCACAGUUGAAGCUCCCCAGUCACUCUGCAUUGUGGAACGUGGGAACAAUGUGACCAUGGAAUGCACAUUUCCAGUGAAUGGGAAAUUAGAGUUUAGAGAUUUAAGUGUCAGCUGGGAUAAGAAAGAUGAGUUGAAGCAGGUUUAUGUACUUCGCAAAGGAGAGGAAGACCUCAAAAAUCAGCACAGUGACUUUAGGGGAAGAAUAAAAUUGUUGAAAGAGAGCCUGAACUUGGGACAGUCUGUCCUUCAGAUCACUGAUGUGAAGCUCAGAGAUGCAGGGGUUUACCGCUGUGUUGUUGACUACGGGGGAGCUGACUACAAGACAAUCCACCUGAAAGUUAAGGCUCCUUACAGAAUUAUAAACCAAGGAGUGGUGAGAACAGGACACAACGAAUGGAAGUUGAUGUGUCAGUCAGAAGGAUACCCAGAAGCUGAAGUGAUUUGGCAUAAUAGAAACUAUGAAGAUUUGACUUAUAAGGCAAACACAAAAUUUGAAACUGCAAGUGACCAGUUGUAUCGUGUGACAAGUACCCUCACAAUCAAAAGUGGAAUUGAUGACAUUUUUUACUGUAUAUUCUGGAAUAAAGAACUACAAGAAAAUACAACUGCCAUUUUACACAUAGCAGAUUCAACUGAUGGCAUUCUCCAGACUGAGAGCAGACGCUUUGUUGGAGCAACUCUCAUUGCAACUGCUUUUGUUGGAUCAGUGCUUCUAUUUCUGCUCUGCAUAAGAAAAGCUAGAGCAAAUAAGAGCAACAGAACACCUGUGGAGAGUCUAUCAAUAGCAAAACUUGCAAAAGAUAAGGAUACACACAACUGCAGAGAUGCUUCUUUUGAAGACAGAGAGCUGAAAUAUAUGCAAAUUGAGAAGACCUAGAGAGAACAGGGGAAGACUUUUUCCCUCUAUUGUGAAGAUUUGUCGGCUCAAAUGUUCUGUGUUCAAUGUAUUGAAGGGGAUAUUAUUUUUUGUAUUUAUUGUGUGAUGGCAAUCUUCUAUAUUGUUGUAACACAGGAAAAAUUUAAUGAAGUUAAAAAAAUUAUUAUAGCAUAAAAAAUUAUUGAAUGGAUUCUAUAUAUGUGACUAGAUAGUGAGGUAUUUAUUUAAAUAUCAAAGUUUCUACCUUCUCAAUUUAGGCAAAUGUAUCUUUCAAACAUUUAAUUUAAUUAAGUGUAUCUUUCAAGUAAAGCACUUUAGGUCUAUGACCAUCAUUAAUUCCAUAGCUAGCUCUUGAUAGGUCAUCUUCUGAACCUUUUUUUCUUCCUUCUUCACCUGAGCUCACAAUUUCCUGCACAUAACUGGUUUUCCAUAGCUUAAAGAAUCUUUUCAAUACUUUGAUCCUCAUAAAAGGUGCAACAAGACAAAUUGCCAUACAUGCAGGGCAUUUUCAUUAUUAAAAUACCAGAUACUCUCAGCUAAGCCUGAAAAAGAUGAUUUAAAAUUCUUGGUAACUAUGGUUUGGGAAUUAAAUAAUACUAAGCUUUUUGAUAUUUUCUUUGAAAAGGAUCGUGGGCAUUUAAUUUCCUCAUGAUUUUGCUGGCACUACUUGUUUACUGCUCACUGUCUUCUGAUUCACAGUCUGGGGAUAAUACAAUUCUUUGGACAUUUAGGAAAAACAGCCCUUGCUUUAGAUUACCAUUUUGUUUUCUUGGGAAUGGAAAAAGGAAAACCUACUUACUUCUAGGACAUGAAAUAACUGCACAUGUGAUUACAUAGAAAUGCUGAAGAAACCUGUUCUUGGAUCCUUUUUCACAAGUUAUUGUUAUGCUAUAUUUUGCUAAGUGCAUAGCUCUUUGGGGGGGAUCAUAUACAGGCGAAAAAAAAAUUAUUACAAUGGUAUUCACAAUUGUAUUUUUUUAAUAAAACACGUUUUGCUUUU